AAUUAGAAAACCAAAUAUGCUCUAGGUUAAAAAAUAUUUUCAUAUUCAUUUGUUCCUGGAAAAAAAAAACCUCAACAGCUAUGGAUUCUUUUGAGUAGCCUAUGUUUUGAGGGACGAGGGAUUUUGUUAUAAAUCAAUUUAGGAACAAUUACGCAAAAUGAACUUGUAGAGACUUCGACCACAGACCCCUCCCGCCACCUUGGACUCUAGAAACCCAAAUCGACAUUGGGAGACAUAAAACAUGACUAGACAUCUUUACAUUGUGUGUGUGUGUGUGUGUGUGUGUGUGUGUGUGUGUGUGUGUGUUUAAUGAGACUGUCCAUGAAGUGCGACUCUAGCAUUAAUUAAUUCGAAGAAUAGCUGCCGUGGGAAGCAAAUUGCAAAAGCGAGGAUAAACUCAAUCUGUGCAUGUGUCGGUGAGAGGCCGAAGUAUUUCCUUUAACCUACAGCAGAGGACAGGAACGAGAGUGGCUCGUUUGGGGAAAUCUGAGAGCUUUCUGAACACAAUCUUUCUGGGUAGAGCGAAGGAUUUGGCUUCAUAUCAGGGAGAUAUUUGUAGACAUCCAUCUUAUUUUGUUUGAAACCUCACUAGUUCAAGUUGUUACUGAGUGACAGUUCUGAAGGGAACCCAAUUUGCGGCCGCCCCGCCUCCUUGUUCUAGGGAUAUCCCCGAAAGCAACGAGGAGCCAGUAGAUUUAAACACAAUCUUGCAAGCUAAUGGGGAAAGAGAGGAGAGCUUCCCAAGGAGAAAUGCUAGCUAUUUAUAAGGCGUAGUCCUUGUUUCUUGGGAGAAAUUUAAGAUGAGGGAAGGGAGCAUGAUUAAGGGAGGGAAAGAAUCCAGAUUAGAGCAAUUUAUAGGAAAUUAAGCACUACACUGGGAAGUCAGGGAAUUGAUGUCGCACUUUGAAAUAGAUCAAGAGAUACCCUAAGAGAUCUUUAGUAGGGGGACUUUGGGAGCACAGUAGGACCUUAUUACCAAAUCUUUCCUUCUUUCCAAUGUAGAUGAAGGUAUAGGGGUGCUUUGGGGCCAAGGAGACCAGGGUUUUCCCUUUAGAAAAAAAGAUACAAGCAGAAAAAGAAUCAGACUCCAGGGGCUGCAGCCACUACUUUGGCGUGGUCUGGGCGUGAUCAGCUCUACUGGCAACUCCCCUUCUUCCUAAUCCUUCCCUCCGUCCGUUUCCCAUUGGCUGUAAGUAACACCAAUGAGCAUCUAGGUUGAGGUCCUACCCCAAGGCUGACUCAGAAGCUGCAGCCAAAACUGAGAGUUUUUCAGGUUUUUUUUUUUUUAAUUAUAAUUGUUGCUGUUGUUUUAAAUUUAGCUGUUAGGGUUUGGUUGUUGUUUGGGUUUUUUUUUUACACACCUCCCCUUCUUUUUUUUCUAUACUCUUCCCGAGAGCGCUGUGUGUUUGGGGGUGGAACCCCCCCCCCUCCCACCGCCUCCGCCGCCCCGCACCUCCCUACCUCCCAGCGGCCCCUCACUUCGGCCAGAACCGAGCGCAACAGCGCAGAGCUGUUCUUAAAGUGGGUGGAGAAGCAGUCGGGGGUAAAGAAAGUGACUGACUAGAACUGUAGCCUGGCUCCAGCCUCCGGCUUGCGAAGUUUCUGCGUCUUCACUCUUCAUUCUGGGCUCGGAGCAGAAGCGAAAGCGAUUCGUUCUUUUCUCCUCCUUCUCUGGCCUCCAGUAGACAGCGCCACCACUGCACCCCACCCCUCCCCACCCCACUCCACCCCCGGCUGCCGGCGCUGUAGUGGAGGCAGCGGCCAGCGAGCGAGGAUGUUCGCGGCGGGGCUGGCUCCCUUCUACGCCUCCAACUUCAGCCUCUGGUCGGCGGCUUACUGUUCCCCGGCCGGCGCAGCGGGCUGCUCCUUCCCCCUGGAUCCAGCCGCGGCCAAGAAACCCUCCUUUUGCAUCGCAGACAUCCUGCACGCGGGUGUUGGGGAGCCGGGGGCAGCAGCCGAAAGCCUCUCGGGGGGCUCUUCCACCGCCCUCACGGCUCACUUGGGCGCAGUUCACCCUCACGCCCCAUUCCAAGCUGCCACUGGAUCCCCCUUGCGACCCACUCCAGUGGUGGCGCCCCCCGAAGUUCCAACUGCAUUCCCUCAGAGGCUGUCUCCACUCUCGGCCGCCUAUCACCACCAUCAUCAUCACCAGCAGCCACAGCAGCAGCAGCAGCAGCCACAGCAGCAGCAGCAGCAGCAGCCGCCGCCGCCUCCACCACCACCACAUCGGCCCGGAGCCUUGCAGUCCCAAGCCCCUGGGGCAAGGAUGCUAGGGAACCCUCAUCACCACAGUGGCUCAACUCCAGCCCCCUCCAGCAAGGACCUCAAAUUUGGGAUUGACCGAAUAUUGUCGGCGGAGUUCGAUCCCAAAGUGAAAGAAGGAAACACGUUGAGAGAUCUUACCUCCUUACUAACCACCGGCCGGCAAACUGGGCUUCACCUCCCCGCUUUGCAGCCUUCUGCGGGCCACUUCUUCGCGUCUCUAGAUCCUAUUAACGAGGCCUCUGGUAUCCUGAGUCCCUUAAACUCAAAUCCGAGAAGUUCAGUUCAGCACCAGUUUCAAGACACUUUUCCAGGUCCCUAUGCGGUUCUAACGAAGGACACCAUGCCUCAAACAUACAAGAGGAAGCGUUCUUGGUCUCGUGCGGUUUUUUCCAACUUGCAGAGGAAAGGUUUGGAGAAAAGGUUUGAAAUUCAGAAGUAUGUCACGAAGCCGGAUAGAAAGCAGCUAGCCGCAAUGCUGGGCCUGACAGAUGCUCAAGUUAAAGUGUGGUUCCAGAACAGGAGAAUGAAGUGGCGCCACUCCAAGGAAGCACAAGCCCAGAAGGACAAAGAGAAGGACCCCGCUGAAAAGCUGCCAGGAGGUGCUCCGACUGCCGAAUGUGAGAGAGAGGAAAGGAGCCCCAGCAGGUCGGAAGGGGAGAGCGAGAGCAGCGAUUCGGAGUUCCUGGACAUGGCCCCCAGCGACACGGAAAGGACUGAAGGGACUGAGCAGCUCUUACACCAGACCAGCGUCAUUAAGCCCUCUCCUUCUUCCUCUUCGACUUCCUCGUCCUCCACCAACCCCAACACCACGACCACCACAACCACCACGACCACUACCACGAGCAGCAGCGGCAGCAGUAACAGCAUGAACAGCGUGAACAGCAGCUGCAGCCCAGAGCUGCAAACAUCACUGCCUCUCCACUGCACCGCUAACGAAAGCCUGGAGCCUGCUCCGCUUGGGGGCCUAUAAGCUGGCCUGGUAGCUAGUCGCCUGGCAGAAGGGAGAGGUGCAUGGUUGUGGAGGUUGGAGAAGUUCUUUCUGUGAACCCGCUGGCAUUUGGGCCAAUUUGCUAAUUUAUAUUAUGGACCAGGUAUUACCAAAAGGACCACGGUGGCCCGGGCAAGGGCGGAGCUCCUUUCUGUACAUAUACUCUGCCUCCUUUGUGGGACUCUAUCCCGGGGCUUUCUCCUUAUAUUCAGAGGGAAUCUCAGAUAUUGAUACCCCUGCCUCCACUUUCUCCAACAUGAUCCAACACUUUCCUCGACGCAAACAAGUCUUUAAAAAAAUGGAGGGGGGCGGGGAGCGAGGAGGGAGGCGGGAAGAAACACUGUGAAGUGUUUGACAUAACUGCUCUCCCCUCCACAGCCUCCCCUGUGGUCGCUUUGCUUUCUGUAUUCUGGCCCAGGACUUGCUGCACUGGGAACGACUCAGUCAUGUAAAUAAAAAUGUUUAUUACGGUUUGUAAA